AGCUAGACCACGACUCGUCGGGAUAACAUCUGGAAAGCAUAAUAAGAACCCGGGCUCUUCUUUCAACUUCCCCCUUCUCUCCUUUCUCUCGGCAGCUGGCUCCUCAUUCGACUUCGUUUCUCUGCGAAAAUAAUUUAUCAUAUUGUUUGCCUACCUAUAUAAAGUGCACAGGUGCACACUCACUGCAUCAUAAUUUGCACAUCUCGAGUUUGCCACCUACUUCCUCCACCACCUCUCACUCGGACUAGCCCAGGAGUCAACAUGAAAUCCACGUUUACAAUCAUACUCGUCGCGCUCUUAGGCAGCGCUGCGGGUGCUCCGUUGAAUAUCAACCUAGGGGCCUACUCGCCCGCCCUGGUAGUCGGUGAUGGUGCGAUUGGGUUUGAGGGCGCGGAAGGCAAAGCAGCUACCCAGGGGGCUGCGGCCCUGACUGGCAAAGGAAUUACUUCCACAUAAAGCGCGCUGAUGUGGGACUGGAUGCUUUUUAACUACAAGCUUGUUUGAUACUCCUUUCUGUAUGGAGACAAUGUCGUGGAAUGCCGAAGGAAAUAUGAUAGGGCGCUGUAAAAGAUUUAAUGAAAGAGGUAUCCUAGGAGCUUAUGACGAAGAGGAUGGAAAGGCUGUCACGUAAAAGAGAUAACGUUAAAGGAAGAUUAAGAAUGGGUUAUAAAGUAAGGGGGUUUUAACAUGUCGAGUUACUCUCUCCCGCCUUGUUGGUCAUCGCAAAUAGGGAGAAUAAGAGGACAUAGAACCUACCUAAACCAGAUAAAUAAAGGUUCAUAUGUAG